AUGUCUGAGCUGCUGAAGCUCCAUCAGAAAGUGAAGGAGAAGAUCCAACAGAGUGAAUCCAUCCUGGAUCUGAGCCUCAGGUUCCACGAGACGACCAAACAGUUGGAGGCGCUGCUCCAGUCCAACUUGCCCAGAUCUGUCACUGGUUCAACUGGUUCAUGUGGAUCAGGUGAAGCUGAGCUGGAGGUGACCAGAGACCAGCGACAGCAGAUCCAGAACCUGUUGAACUCAGCCUCAACACUGAAGAUGGACAUCUGUAACGCCAUCGAACAAGCAACCUGGUCCAAGUUCAGGUCUGAGCAGCUGGAGGCACGUCUUCUGUCUCUGGACUCGCUCUGUGUCUCAUGGAUAAACGAAGCCUCUCGACGAGAGGAGGAACUCCGCAGAGAGACGAGGACAAGAAUCCUGAAUGAAGACAUCAACCAGCUUCGUGAUGCAUUCAAGGAGCUGAAGAAACGUUUCAGUAACUUGAAGUUUAACUUCCUGAAGAGAAACGACCGCAGCAGAAACAUGAAGGCAGUGCGAAACCAACUGCAGCAAGUGGAGACGUAUGACGAAAAACUGCAGGCUCUGAAGAGACGCCUGCAGGGUCUGACGGGCCGCCUGGGGUCAGAGGUCAAAGAUGGGGGCAUUGCUCGGGAGACGGAGGACACCGUCAAUGAGCUGCAAAGACAGAUGGGAGAGUUUGAACGAAGUGUGAGAGAACACGAGAAAACUCUGGACAUGACCUGCAGACUUCAACAGGCCAUGGACGAGUAUCAGUUCUGGUGUGACGAGGCCAGUGCCACCAUUGCCCGCGUGGGGAAGUUUUCGUUGGAGUGUCGCAGUACGGAGGCUGUGUCAGUUCUGUACCGACAGUUUGAGAAGUUCGUUUGGCCAACGGUUCCUCAGCAGGAGGAGAGGAUCGGUCAGAUCACGGAGCUGUCGGUGCGACUACACGGACUGGAUGAAGGGCGGCGUCACAUUGAGAAGACGCUCAGUAAACACUCAGAAAUGGUCCAGUCCAUCCGAGAGCUGAGUGACGGACUCAUGAAACUGGAGGCAAAGCUGAAGCUGGAGAAUCUGAAACAGCAGCAGAAGGACGAAGAGACAGAGACGAAUAAAGACAAAGAAAACAGAGAA